AGGCUGCGGCGAGUGCGGCGCUGACAGAGACGCGCGCGCCAGCCAGCUCGGACCCUGGGCCGCGGCCGCCAUCACCGCCGCCCGCCCAGUCGCUCCUCAGCCGCUUCCCCUCGCCAUGGAGGCGAGGCCGCCGCCGCCGCCGCGGAGCUCCGAGCCGCGGGCCGGGCGGCGGCCCUGAGGGCGUGUGGCGGGCCGAGACGCCGCCGCGGAGCCGCCGUCCUCGUUCCCAGCGGUCCCGCCCAGCGCCGGACUCGGUCAGCAUGGAUUCCUGGUUCAUUCUUGUUCUGCUUGGCAGUAGUCUGACACGUGUAGGUGCCAACAAUGCAACCACAGUUUCACCUUCAGUAGGCAUUACAAGAUCUAUGAAAACAUCAACAGCAGAGUCAGUCAAAGAAGAGACCAAAGCUUCAAAUACUACUUCUUCAGUAACUUCUCCCUCUGUGGCACCAACAUUCAGCCCCAGUCUAACUCUGGGACCCACCUAUGUAACCACUGUCAAUGCUUCAGACUCUGACAAUGGGACCACAAGAACAGCAAGUACCGGUUCUGUAGUCACUACACUUGCACCGAAUGGAACGUGGCUUCCAGAGAACCAGUUCACAGAUACCAGCACAGAGCCGUGGGAGGGGAAUUCCAGCACUGUGGCCACCACCCCAGAAACUUUCCCUCCUUCAGGUAAUUCUGACUCGAAGGACAGAAGAGAUGAGACGCCAAUUAUUGCAGUGAUGGUGGCCCUGUCCUCUCUGCUAGUGAUCGUGUUUAUUAUCAUAGUUCUGUACAUGUUAAGGUUUAAGAAAUACAAGCAAGCUGGGAGCCAUUCCAAUUCUUUCCGCUUAUCCAAUGGCCGCACUGAGGAUGUGGAACCCCAGAGCGUGCCACUUCUGGCCAGGUCCCCAAGCACCAACAGGAAGUAUCCACCCCUGCCCGUGGACAAGCUGGAAGAGGAGAUUAACCGGAGAAUGGCUGAUGACAAUAAGCUCUUCAGAGAGGAAUUCAACGCUCUCCCUGCUUGUCCUAUCCAAGCCACCUGUGAAGCUGCCUCCAAGGAGGAAAACAAGGAAAAAAAUCGAUAUGUAAACAUCUUGCCUUAUGAUCACUCUAGAGUCCAUCUGACACCGGUUGAAGGAGUUCCAGAUUCUGAUUACAUCAAUGCUUCAUUCAUCAAUGGCUACCAAGAAAAGAACAAAUUCAUUGCUGCACAAGGACCAAAAGAAGAAACAGUGAAUGAUUUCUGGAGGAUGAUCUGGGAACAAAACACAGCCACCAUUGUCAUGGUGACCAACCUGAAGGAGAGAAAGGAGUGUAAGUGUGCCCAGUACUGGCCAGACCAAGGCUGCUGGACCUAUGGGAAUAUCCGUGUGUCGGUAGAGGAUGUGACCGUCCUGGUGGACUACACAGUGCGAAAGUUCUGCAUUCAGCAGGUGGGCGACGUGACCAACAGGAAGCCACAGCGCCUCAUCACUCAGUUCCACUUUACCAGCUGGCCAGACUUUGGGGUGCCUUUCACCCCUAUCGGCAUGCUCAAGUUCCUCAAGAAGGUGAAAGCCUGUAACCCUCAGUAUGCAGGGGCCAUCGUGGUCCACUGCAGUGCGGGUGUAGGGCGUACAGGUACCUUUGUUGUCAUUGAUGCCAUGCUGGACAUGAUGCAUACAGAGCGCAAAGUGGACGUGUAUGGCUUUGUGAGCCGGAUCCGGGCACAGCGCUGCCAGAUGGUGCAAACAGACAUGCAGUACGUCUUCAUAUACCAAGCCCUUCUGGAGCAUUAUCUCUAUGGAGAUACAGAACUAGAAGUGACCUCUCUAGAAACACAUCUGCAGAAAAUUUACAACAAAAUCCCAGGGACCAGCAACAAUGGAUUAGAGGAGGAGUUUAAGAAGUUAACAUCAAUCAAAAUCCAGAAUGACAAGAUGCGGACUGGAAACCUUCCAGCCAACAUGAAGAAGAACCGAGUUUUACAGAUCAUUCCAUAUGAAUUCAACAGAGUGAUCAUUCCAGUUAAGAGGGGUGAGGAGAACACGGACUACGUGAAUGCAUCCUUCAUUGACGGCUACCGACAGAAGGACUCAUACAUCGCCAGCCAGGGUCCUCUUCUCCACACCAUUGAAGACUUCUGGCGAAUGAUCUGGGAGUGGAAAUCCUGCUCUAUCGUCAUGUUAACAGAACUGGAGGAGAGAGGCCAGGAGAAAUGUGCCCAGUACUGGCCCUCUGAUGGAGUGGUGUCCUACGGAGACAUCACAGUGGAGCUGAAGAAAGAGGAGGAAUGUGAGAGCUACACUGUCAGAGACCUCCUGGUCACCAACACCAGGGAGAACAAAGGCCGGCAGAUCCGGCAGUUCCACUUCCACGGCUGGCCUGAAGUGGGCAUCCCCAGCGACGGGAAGGGCAUGAUCAGCAUCAUCGCGGCCGUGCAGAAGCAGCAACAGCAGUCGGGGAACCACCCCAUCACCGUGCACUGCAGCGCAGGGGCAGGACGGACAGGGACCUUCUGUGCCCUAAGCACAGUCCUGGAACGGGUGAAAGCGGAGGGGAUUUUGGAUGUCUUCCAGACCGUCAAGAGCCUGCGGCUACAGAGGCCACACAUGGUCCAGACACUGGAACAGUAUGAGUUCUGCUACAAGGUGGUGCAGGAAUAUAUUGACGCAUUCUCAGAUUAUGCCAACUUCAAGUAAGAGGUGAUGAGAUCGGUGGACAGGAAAAUUGCCUUUAAUAUUUUGUAAUAUUCUGUUUUGUUAAUAUACCCAAAAUUGUGUAUAUAUCUUAUAACUGUUUUAGAAAUUGGUACAUAGGCUUCUAUUACCUAUUAGGUGGAGAUUUUAUAUGUAAAUGUGUUAGCACUGAUAGUCCUUUUUCCAAUGUUUUAUUGGGGAAUUAAAUAGUGUGAUGUUUGGAUUGA